AUGCCCUCCGCCACGCAAGACAACGCCAGCGCCAACGGCAACAUAAUCGGCGGGAACGAGCUGGCCAAACCGCGUCUCACGGCGCCGUUGACCUAUUCAGGCUCUCUCGAUGGCUUCGCAUCCAAUGACUUGACACCUGUCAUCGGUCGCGAGUUUGAGGGCCUUCAGGUGGCCGAGCUCCUCAAGGGAGACGACCAGCUCAUUCGGGAUUUGGCUGUGACUAUCUCACAAAGGGGUGUUGUCUUCCUGCGCAACCAAGAUGUGACGCCUACCCAGAUGAAGGACUUUAUGCUGCGCUUGACGGAGCUCUCGGGAUGCCCCUCAUCGUCCUCCCUUCACGUUCACCCUCUAACCGAAGAAGGUAGCGAGCUCGGUGACCAGAUCAGCGUCAUCAGCUCCGAGAAGCAGAAGAAGGGCGGCGGCCUGACCCACCAGCUCUCCGACGUCAGCCGGUUCGCGAGCAACGGCUGGCACAGCGACAUCACCUUUGAGCCGGUCCCCUCGGACUAUGCCAUGCUCAAGAUCCACACGCUGCCGGCCACGGGCGGCGACACCAUGUGGGCGAGCGGCUACGAGAUUUACGAUCGGCUGUCGCCCGCCAUGCAGGUCUUCCUCGAGGGCCUGACGGCGACGCACGAUGCAAAGUUCUUCCUCGACGAGGCCGAGCGUCUGGGAAACCCCAUUCGUCAGGGCAUCCGCGGCUCGCCCCUGAACCAAGGCGCGGGCCUCAUGGCGGUGCACCCUGUCAUCCGCACGAACCCCGUCACUGGGUGGAAGUCGGUCUACGUGAACAAGGGCUUCACAAAGCGCAUCAACGGCGUGACCAAGGACGAGUCGGAUGUUCUGCUGGCGUACAUCUUCAACCUCUUGACGCAAAACCACGACGCCCAGGUGCGCUUCAAGUGGCGCAAGAACGACCUUGCUAUCUGGGACAACAGGAGCACCUGGCACUGCGCAACGUACGACUACGACGAGGCCCGAGCCGGCGACCGCGUGUGCUCGCUGGGCGAGGCCCCGUACCUGGAUGCCUCGAGCAAGGGGCGGAGGGAGGCAUUGGGUCUCUGA